CGAAAGGCAAGGAGAGGAGAAGAGAAUGGAAGGGAAGGCCGGAGACGGAGGAAGGGAGGAGGUGAAACCCUAAUAAAUAAAAGAUAGAUGAAACGGCCCGAAACAGGCCAAGAAGAAGGAGGCAGAGCCAGUUAACAAGCAAGGAGGAAGAGACGAGAGAGAGAAGAGGGCGGCCGCGCGCGGGGAGGGAGAGGCCACCACCCCACCCUAGGGCGCCGUGUUCCUCCCAUCUCCCUCUCUCUCUUCCACCCACCCAUCCAUCCAUCCAUCGCAUUGCUCUCGCUCUCGAUUCGGCCCGAGGAUCCGAGGAAAAGGAAACGAUGGGUUGCUUCUCGUGCUGCGGAGCGGACGAUGUCGGCAAGAGGAAGAAGCGCGACGAUCCUUACGUCCCGAUCCCUGAACCAGCAGGUGGCAACUAUGGACAGAGCCGGCCCGGCCCCCCAGCCCCAGCCCCAGCCCCUGCCCGUUCCACCCCCACCGGCAGAACUCUGCCGAUCGCAGCACCGGCCAUUCCCCUUGACCAAAUUAAGGAGAUAACCAAGAACUUCAGCAGCGAUGCUCUCAUAGGAGAAGGCUCGUACGCCAGAGUGUUCUUUGGCGUGCUGAGAGAUGGCAGGAGAUCUGCGGUGAAGAAGCUCGACUCCAGCAAACAGCCUGAUCAAGAAUUCCUUUUGCAGGUUUCAGCCGUCUCACGACUGAAGCAUGAGAAUGUUAUCCAGCUUAUCGGAUACUGUGCUGAAGGGAGCAUCCGUGUUCUUGCCUAUGAGUAUGCACCAAGGGGCUCGGUGCAUGACAUUCUCCACGGCAAAAAGGGUGUGAAGGGAUCUCAGCCAGGGCCAGCUCUGUCAUGGGUGCAGAGGGUGAAGAUUGCCCUGAGUGCCGCGAAGGGGCUCGAGUUCCUGCACGAGAAGGCAGAGCCCCGUGUUGUCCACCGCGACAUCAAAUCCAGCAACAUUAUGCUCUUUGACAACGAUGUUGCUAAAAUAGGCGACUUUGAUAUCUCUAACCAGUCCCCCGACAUGGCUGCUCGCCUUCACUCUACUCGUGUUCUUGGCACCUUUGGAUACCAUGCUCCUGAGUAUGCAAUGAUCGGGCAGCUUAGCAUGAAGAGCGACGUCUACAGCUUUGGAGUCGUGUUAUUGGAGCUUUUAACCGGUCGGAAACCGGUCGAUCAUACGCUGCCACGUGGCCAGCAGAGCCUUGUGACAUGGGCUACACCAAGGCUAAGUGAAGACAAGGUGAGGCAAUGUGUGGAUCCAAGGCUUGAGGGGGAAUAUCCUCCAAAGGCUGUUGCCAAGAUGGCUGCUGUAGCUGCCCUGUGCGUGCAGUACGAGGCGGAGUUCAGGCCCAACAUGAGCAUCGUCGUCAAGGCUCUCAACCCACUGCUCUCCAGCCGCCCCAACAACCGUCCGACCAACGCCGCCGUCGGCGCUGCCAGCGACCAUUCUGGGUUAUGAGACCCCCUCGCCGCCGCCGCCGACGACGACGACGAACAAAGACGGUGAUCGGCGACGGGUGGGUGGCUCGCUUUCCAUGGGUUCCCAAUGUGUAAAAAAAUUUAGUGGAAUUGAUUUGGUGUUGUGCGUGAAGUGCAUGAGAGGGUAUAACUUUUGCUGCUGCUCGUCUUCGUUGCCUCUGUAAAUUGUCGCAUCCCCUCUCCUGAAUAUGUUUCCUCUCGACCUCUAUAGUAGUUUGAGCAAUGGAUGAAUAUAUGCUUCUUGCUUGUCCA